AUGACGGUCUCUAUUACCCCCAAAUCCCAGCGCAACGUGGCUCGCGGUGUAUGGGAGCUAGCCCGGUUACACACCCGUGAAGCCUGGCUGUGUUGGUAUCCUGCCAUCUGGGGGGCAUGUGUGGCCGCAGGCAUGCGAGAUGUCUCACUGGAACUCGCGCCAUUCCUCCGUUUACUCUUUGGCAUCUGGGCCAGCGUGACAGCUACACACUGUGCAUUUUGUACAUUCAACGAUAUCUGUGACCAAAAACUGGACAAACACGUCGAGCGAUGCAAGGUUCGACCGCUACCAGCUGGGAUGAUCAGCACCUCCGAGGCCAUCGUGGCUUUUAUCUGCUGGUUGCCUAUCACACUCGCCGUUACCUGGGGCACAUUGGGUCCGGCCGUCACAGCGGGCUUCAUUCCCGUAUGGGUACUGAGCACCAUCUACCCGUUUAUGAAGCGCAUCAUGCCAUUCCCACAAGUCGUCCUGGGGGCGAUAAUCGGUGGCGCCGUAUUCCCUGGAUGGGUUGGGAUUACUGGAGAUCUGAAGGGUCUGGAUCAGGCACUUCCUCUAUUCUUCGCUACAGCAUCGUGGGUUGUCUACUUUGAUGUCUUCUAUGCGACACAGGAUCGUCCGGACGACGAGAAGAUUGGCGUAAAGUCACUCGCCGUGCUGAUGGGGAAGAAUGUCCAGAUCCUUCUGGCGGUGCUGGGGGCUCUACAGGUAUUGCUCUUUGCUGUCACCGCGCUGCGGGCAGACAUGUCGCUCAUUUUCUGGGUGCUGGGACUCGGUGUGUGGAUGGUGAAUGUGCCCUGGCAUAUCCUAUCGUUGGAUCUAAAGGAUCGACACUCGGGAGGCCGGAUUUUCAAGUCGAAUAUCAAGCUGGGCUUGUAUUUGACUGGGGUGUCUUUGUUGGAGCUAUUUGUGGUGCGAGUAUAUGAUGUUUCCCUGGCAAAUAUGAAGAUGGAGCUGCAUUAG